CUCUCUUUCUAGAACAGUGCUUCUCAAAUUCUUUGGAUUCAAGAUCCCUGUGUAUACUUCCAUAUCACUGAGAGCCCUAAGGAGCUAGCUUUUGUUCAUGGACCAGAGCCCAGAGGACCAGAAUCCAGAGGAGCAGGUUUUCUAUGAGUUCUUUUUUAGGCUCUUCAAGGAAAAUAAGGUGGAGAUUGCAAAGGCAAUAACGAAGCCAUUUCCUUUUCUUAUGGGCCUCCGAGACCGUGGCUUUAUCCCUGAACGGAUGUAUAAUCAUUUUCAAGAAGCUUGUAGAAAUCUGGUCCCCAUGGAGAGAGUGGCAUAUAAUGUUCUCAGUGAACUGGAGAAGAAAUUUGACAUGACAGUUCUGAAUGCCUUGUUCAGCACAGUUAACCUGAAGGAUUAUCCUGAUUUACGUGAGAUUUUCAGAAGCUUCCAAAAUGUGCUUCAUGAUACAUUCCAUGACCAAGCUAUUGAUGGUGAAGAAACAACAGAGAUGCUCAACUGCCAACAAAGCUAUGAACAAGCUGAAGCCCUACCUGGAGCUGGAAUCUCAGAGUAUCUCAGUGAUGGACAGCAAAUGAGUAUAAAGGAAGAAGAUUCAUCUCAUGACCUAAAUACUUCAAUACAAACCCAGGAAAUGACAAAUGAACCUGCUCAAGAAUCUCAACAAAUAGUGUGCUGUGAACAGUCACCUGUCCAAGUGAAUAAUGCAAGAGGGUUAGAAGAUAGACCCAGCUUGCUGCCACAUGAUGGACAAGAUGCCAGUGGGAUUUCAAUUCUUUCUGAAGAGGACAGAAAGGCCUGUUGUGUAACCUGUGAUGGAGAAGAGCCCCAGGAAGCUUUGAGCUCCCCACGGAGACAUGAACCAGUUUCCUGUGAGCACGAAGCUCUCCAAAGGACUAGACGAGGUGAUUCUGAAGAGAUACCAAAACUGCUUCCAGUCAAUGGGGGAGUGCCUUUGGAACUUGUUGAUCUACAAAUGGAUGAAAGAGGAGAAAUAGAAGAAAUGCCCAAGUUACUGCCUUAUGAUGGAGACGUGACAUGUGAUCCCAAAGCUUCAGAAAUGACGAAUGAAGGAGAAGUACAGAAGGUGCUAAGCCUACAACCUGCUGAGGGAGAAGAGGACAGCACUGCCUCUUGGGAGCCCUGUGAUGGAGAAGAGAUCGAGGAAAACUUGAGCUCCCCACCCAGAUGUGAGCCAGUGGACAAUAAUGCCUCUUGGGAGCCCUGUGAUGGAGAAGAGCUUGAGGAAGACUUGAGCUCCCCACCCAGAUGUGAGCCAGUAUCUGGUGAACUAGAAGCUCCCAAAAUGGGUAGAGAAGGAGAAUCUGAAGAGCUUACCUCUAGCCCACUACCCUGUGAUGGACAAGGAGCAGAGCUACCAACAGGUGGAAAUGAUAAGUAUGCCUGUGUUAUGUGCUUCUCAAACGAUAUGCCAGGAAGUCUGGAAGCAAGGACUGAAAAUAGUGAAGCAUGUGACACAAUAGAUAAUGUGGAUCUUGGAAACAACUCUACUUUGGGAAAACCCAAGAGGAAAAGAAAAAAAAAGAAAGGGCAUUCCUGGUUUAGAAUCAAAAGGAAACGGCAGAGAAACAUACAUCAAGAAGUAUCUGGUGAACUAGAAGCUCCCCAAAUGGGUAGAGAAGAAGAAUCUGAAGAGCUUAACUCUAUCCCACUACCCAGUGAUGGACAAGGAGCAGAGCUGCCAACACGUGGAAAUGAGAGGUGUUCCUGUGUUAUGUGCUUCAUAAAUUAUGAUUUGGGCCCAGAAUCAGAGCUACCAGCACAUAAAAGUAAUACUGUGGAUCUUGGAAACAACUCUACUUUGGGACAACUCAAGAGGAAAAGAAGAAAAAAGAAAGGGUAUUCCUGGACAAGAAUUAAAAGAAAAUGGCCGAGAAGCAUAAAUCGAAAAGGGUCAAGAUGGCACACAGAUGAAAGUGUGAAUUUUUCCUCUGAAAUACUUCCUGUGACCUGUGGUGAGGUGAAAGGGAUGUUACAUAAGAAGAAAUUGAAACAAGGAUCCACCAUGAAGUGCAUACAGGGUGAGGAUGGAAAUUGGUUCACUCCCAGAGAAUUUGAAAUCAAAGGAGGCCGUGCAGGAUGGAAGAACUGGAAGAACAGCAUGCGCUGCAGUAGGAGAACCCUAAAAUGGCUGAUAGAGAAAGGAUUUCUAUGUAAUCCCCCAAUGAUAUACAGAAGGAGGAAAAAGCGGAGAAUCUCGCAGUCUCAUGACAAUACCUUAGUUGACCCAUAUCUAGGAAAUUCAGACGUAUGUGAGAUCUGCCGGUAUGGAGGAAAGCUAUUCUGCUGUGAUACUUGUUCGAGAUCCUUUCAUGAGGACUGUCACCUCCCACCUGUGGACAUUGAGAGGAGCCCGUGGAGUUGCAUCUUCUGCAGGGUGAAGGAGUCUUCAGGAAGUCAGCAGUGUCUCAGGGAAUCUGAGGUCCUGACAAGGCAGAUGGGGCCUGAGGAGCAGCUGAAAUGUGAGUUCCUUCUCUUGAAAGUCUAUUGCGAUUCAGAGAGCACGUUUUUUUCGAAGAUUCCAUAUUAUUAUUAUAUUAAAGAGACUUCUCAACAUCUAAAGGAACCCAUGUGGUUGGACAAGAUCAAGAAGAGGCUAAUUAAGCUGGGCUACCCCCAAGUGGAAGGGUUUGUGAAGGACAUGCGCCUCAUCUUUCAGAACCACAGGGCGUCUUAUAAGUACAAUGACUUUGGCCUAAUGGGACUUAGACUGGAGGCAGAAUUUGAGAAGAAUUUCAAGGAAGUGUUUGCUAUUCAGGAAACAAAUGAGAGCAGUUCACUUGUGUAGCGGAUACUGUUGGGACCCUGGAAAAUCCCCUCAUCCUCUAAAUUGCUGUGAGGGUUGGCUGCCAAUCCAUCUCUCUCCUGAGUAAUAUUACAUUGAGCGCAAUAAAUGGAGCCAGCAUUGCAUGGAGGUUA